CCCCCCCCCCCAUGAGAUGCUGCCAUCUCCAAGGUGCAGGGACCCCAGCUUAGGGUCAGGAUUUGGGUACCUGUGGAUCUUACUUGGGUUUCAUUUGGGCCGCAUGCAUCUUAUUUGGGGUCAGGGUGCAGGGACCCCUCACAUCACAGUUGGGGUCAGGAUGUGGGUGCUUGCUUGGGACAUAGGACCCCUGCACGGAGCUUAGGGGCAGAGAGGAUCACCUGUUAUGGUGAUGUGGUGAUGAGUUUGGGGACAUGGGGACUUUGCUCUGGGGGCAGGGUCUGGAUUUGGGGACACUUGCAAAACGUUCCUGGAUCCCAACUGGGGCUGGGCCAUGGGAACCCUUGCACGGUGCUUGGGGUGAGGUUGGGGUUGGGAUCCAGGAGCCUUGUAUGGGGGUAAAGAUCUGGGAACCUCUGUGAUGGGGUCAGGAUUUGGGAACCUCUGCAUCGGGGUGAGGAUUUGGGGACCUCUGCACUGGGGUAAGGAUUUAGGAAGCUGCUGCCAUGAAGAAGAAGAUGACAGCCAAUGGGAGGGGGCCGGAUCCGGCACCACCACCCCUUCGCACCCGGGGUAUCACCAGGCCAGCAGAGGUGAGGCCAUUGGGGUGCAGGUGUGACCCACAGUGCUGCAUCCCCUUGUUGUCGGGGAAUCCCAUGGGGGGCUGCUGGAGCAGGAUGGGAUUGUUGCCCCCCCAGUACGUGGGUUCCUUCAUGCUGGAGGAGCUGGAGCUGCAGCAGCAUGCAGGGCAGCUGGAAGAGCAGCUGCGGGCGCUGAAGGAUUGCCCCAGGAGGAAGUCAGUGGUGCUCAGGUUCAGCCUGCAGGGACUGAAGGUCUACGGCUCCGAUGGGGAGACGCUGUUGAUGGCGCAUGCGCUGCGCCGCAUCCUGUACAGCACCUGCCUGCACACCGAGCACCAGUUCGCCUUCGUGGCCCGCAAUCCCUGCAGUCCCCCCAGCUCACUGUUCUGCCACCUCUUUGUGGGGCCCCCAGCUGAGGUGCAUGUACUGCACCUGCUGCUGUGCCGCUCCUUCCAGCUCUGUUACCUCCAGGCACACCCUGAGCUGCAGGAGGCUGAGCCCGACCCCCUCCCGCUGCUGCGGGAGCCCCUCAAUCCCGAGGAGGUGUCACGCAAUGUCAACGCACUGCUGUCCCUGAGGCGCCUGCCUGCCGUCGGACCUCUGGGUGCAGGGCACGUUUUUGCACAGCAUUUGCUCCAAGAGAGACGGAUGGAGGCUGAGGGCCGCGCUGUGGGUUGGCACCCAGGGAACCCCUAUUGCUCCCCAGUGCUGGUGCGCAAAAAGGCAAUCCGCAGCAAAGUGCUGCGCUCGGGUGCCUACCGAGACUGCGGGGCUGAGAGCCAACUGCAGCAGAGAGAGAGUGCCCCAUCGGGAUGGGAGAGCAGGAGCGCGCGGGGCCUGGCGCUGCUCCCCGACACCGAGGCCGCCCUCGCCGAGAGUGUGUGGGCCUUCGCCGGCAUCGCCAGGGCCGGCGGCGUGGCGCUGCUGCACGGAGAUGUGCCAGGAGCCUUCCUGCUGCGCCCCGAAGCCGGCGGCACCCCGCGCUGGUGCCUGUGGGUGCGUGCGCCCUGCGGGGUCGUGCCGUACAGCGUGCUGCGGACACAGCAGGGCCGGUUCUGCGUGGAGCACUCCCACGCCGAAUUCCGCUCCAUGCCGGCGCUGCUCGCGCACUACUCGGCAGUACCUGGGGGCUGCUUCUGCCGCCUGAGCGUGGGGCACCGCAACCCCGGCUACGAGCAGCGGGACGAGGACAGCCCGGCCCUGGUGCAGCACGAGCGGGGUUAGACCCGACCGCUGCUCCAACCGCACGGAGCCCCACGGCCACCUCGGGAAUAAACUGCUCUGCGCAACUGCGCUGCUCCGGACUCUUUCUCGCAUCUGUCCGGUUGCAGUCCCGUGCACAGCCACGCGCUCGCGCAAUCUCAGCACUGACACUCGCUGCCCAAUGUCCCGCUCCGCCGCGCGGCUCCACGCACGC